CUGACUUUUUGAAGUUGUGACUUUGCCUUCUAUUUUUCCAAGUGAAAGUUGAAAAGGGUUUUUUCAAUCAAUUAUUGUGGAUAUUCCUUUAAGUGUUAGGUCACGUAGUCUCUGGCUUGAAUCUGCAGUCUAUUCAGGUUCUUGAUUUCGUCCGGACAACAGGACAACAUUCAAAAAUGAAACGACAGCGUAUUGGAACGUCAGCGAUACCAAUAGUUGCCCGACCAAGACCCGUUCUUCGGCCCUCCACUAGACUGAACCAGAUCCACAUAGUUGCCCCGGAAUUCAUGUCGUACAAAGAGCUGGUGAAGGUGGUGGGUGUGGAUUGCGAGGCGAGUCCGUCGUCGUGGCGCAAAGCGAUCGAUCAUUCAGCGGAGACUGUUGUUUUCUUCCAAGUGGAUCUGCGCGGCAGCACUCCGCGCAUGUGCAAGAGCGUGCGCAUCUGCCAGGAAGAGGAGAAGCUGGUGCCGUCGGUGUACAUCGGGGAGAGCCUGCUCAGCGCCACUUACGUCAAGACCAUCAUCGGAAAACGCUUCUUAACGGACGAGGACGAUCUCAUGAAGCUGCUCGAACACGCGGGCAUUCUGCAGGAGGACGGGGAAUUCUUCGAGGAAAACGCGGAAGAUGGGGACGGCGGCCAUGGGGAAGAUGAAGCAGGCGAGAAUGAGCCACUUGAGCCUGAACCAGAGCCGAAAAGAGCGCGGGUGGCGGAGAAACCCCGAGUUGUUUUGGAAUCUACACAGUCUUCAGGACGACGCACGACAAGAUCGUCAACCGCAGCGCCGGUCUCCCAAAAAGCAGCGGAGCCAAAAUCGUCAGUGAGUGGCGGACGUCAGCCCGUUGAUCUCUCCCCGCUUCUCAUGAUGGAGAAAAUCGACGCGCUUCCGGCUGAUGACUCGCUCAUGGCUGGCGACUUCGAUGAUGAUGCUUUACCUGUGGCCGAUGAUGACGAUAAUUUGCCGUUGGGAGACGACAUACCCGGCUCAUCCAAAAUGGAGGAAUCUGGCGAAGAAACAACCGAUUUUCUUCCCGAGCCUGAAGUGAACAGAGCUGGAGCGGAAGUGGAGGAGACUUCAGGACUUGAACAAGAGGAUUUCGUUAACGCACAUCAGGCCAGCAAUCCGAAUAUUCUGUUAGCUUUGGAUGCCGACGAGGAUCUUCAGUUUGAAACUAGUUUGAUUGGACUUAUUCGGGCUCAUCCUUGUCUUUGGCACCGAAACGAUCCCAGAUACCGGAGACUGCCAGUGAAAGUGAAAGCCUGGAAGACGAUUUCUGAAAGUACCGGGUUGUCCGUGGAUAAGUGCAAAAAGAAAUGGCAUUCCUUGUCUAAUUGCUUCCGGCACGCCUGCAAGCGCCCACCAAAAGACAUGCGGGGAGCACCGUUUCCGGAAUGGACGCACGCUCGCGCCAUGCAGUUUGUUAAGCCGUUUUUGGUGCCUGGAGCGACGAAGGAUGUCGUUGUGGCUGAUGCUAAUGCCUCGGCUGGCAUUUCCAGUGAUUCUAUCGCGACAAAGCCUCGAGACAAGCGUUCUGAGGCGGCAGUUUCGUAUAGUAUACAAGCACCAGGCCAACCGGAAGCUACCGAAUCUGCGUUUGGACACAUGAUCUCGUCGUCGCUGGAGCAGCUGCCGGAAGGAAAACGCGAGGGUGCGAAGAACGCCGUUCGCGUGGUGCUGGACCGAUGGUCGGGUACGAAAAACCACGGUCUGCGCCACCAGCAGCUGGCGUAGGGACGGCGGGUGGCAUUAUAGGAAACUGAACCUGGCGAAAUGGGAUGACGAGUUGCUGGAUUUGUGCUCAUACUUCUGAUUACCUGUCCUUUUGUGUAUGUUUUGUUUAAAAGACUUCCUUGCUUUAAAUUCUGCUGGUAAAUCUUUUCGAAGUUUGGCAUGCAUAUGUUUGUAUUGUAUAUUGCUGUUGCAUAAUAAAAUCAUGAUGAAAGUGACGAAUACACAGAAGUUGGUAUGGUUUGCUUCCG